AUGUUUCGGCGGAUUCCAACGGAUCAGCGUUUUCCGGCUGGACCGGUAGCUGUUGAUCGCAAUGGCCGACGUAUUUCGGAGGACAAUGCUGGAUUUUUGGAGCUCGGCAAACGAUUGAUGGCAAAUUUGGAGAUCGAUGAGCCGAAUAACACUCGAAAAGUUGCACCCCACCCAUCAAUAACACGACUGCUAACGAAUCGUGAACUGGGACUCAAUCGUACCCCGUACAGUUUCGGUAGAAAUUGUCUGCGAUCUCUGAUUUUAUCAGAUAAUCGAGCAUAUGCGCUAUCUGAAGUGAGCAUGGGAGCGAAAGGUGCGUUCAGUGUGGAAGGAAAUAUUGUUGUGGCGCAUAAUUCGCGAAAAAUCAUGAAUGUCGAUAUUUCACGGACGUUGUGCUCGUUGAGAAUUUUUGGUCCAAAAGAAAAAAUACUCUGUACAUUUUGGAUUGAACUCCCAGUCAAUCUUGAGGUUGUAAAAUUUUUAUCGCUUGUUUUUUUCUUGAUGCUUAAAAUUCUUCACAGAUUCAGCUGA